AUGGGACAGAGCGAGGAGCUGAUUGAGGCCCUGCGCUUCUACUUUAGUGACGCCAAUCUUCGGCGUGACCGCUUCAUGCAAGCCCAAGUCAAUGCUCAUCCGCAGCGCUAUGUGCCAGUCGACGUGUUUCUCAAGUUCAACCGGGUUCGUAAGUUGACCACCAGUGUCACCGACCUGGUUGAAGCGUUCCAGCGCCUCGAAGCAUUGGAGCUCAAUCUCGACCACACGAUGGUGCGUCGCAAGUCCGCUAUCAUCCCAAGCAAGGACACAGAUGCCUGUACCAUCUACGUGGGUGUCGCCAAAGGCUUUGCUUUUGUUGAAUUCGACGUGCCAGAAGCCGCGCAAGCCGCUGCUGAAGAGUUUAAGGCCACGGAUGCUUUGCUGCCACUCACAGCAACCCAAUGGACCGGCCCUAUUCCUGAAGAAAUGGCACAAGCCAAAAAAGGCGUCGAAACACGAGCAGCCAAAGUGCUUGCUGAGCAGCAGCAAGAUCAGUACUCGGAUAAAAAGUCCAAGGUCAAUGAAGAUGCACAGUGUUAUAUCGUCUGGCUGAGAACGGCGUGGGCCGCCAAAAAAGCCGAGUACAAGAAGCUUCAGAGUCGGUUGUAUUCAGACCAGCCCCAUCAUGCCGAGUCUGGGGUCAAGGUCAAGCCGGACACGAGCAAGGCGCAGGCUGCAGCCAAGGAAAAGGCACUCGAGACUUUUGACCCCGCCAGCAUUGAACGUGGCUUGCUUUUGCGCAUUGUCGGUUUUAAGCGCGAUGCCAGUCGGCAGAGCAUCAAGUCUACCUUGCAGGUGCUUGCACCCAGCGUGGCCAUCAAGGAUGUCAAAUACACCAAGGGAGAUAACGUGGCUACGGUGCGAUGCACCAGUACUCUGGACACCAUCGCGCUGCGUGAUAUCAUCCUGUCCGAUGGCACAUUGACGGCUACCGUGUCCCAAGGCGAGGAAGAGGAAGAUUACUGGCGCAAGCAUGCUGCAGACGAGUCUCGGCGCAAGGCCAAGCGCAAUGCCCAAGUCCGGGCCAACAAGGCUGCUCUGAAGCGCGCACAGCCCGAGCGAGGAGUGCCCAUGGAUGAUGCCCCGGUGGUUCCCCGCAAGCCGUCAGGAAGCACUGGUCAUGCCCCCCCGGCUGCCGGGGAUGCAACUCAAUCAGGCACCGCCUCGGAGGCACGGCGCAAGCGUCGCAAAAAGCGUGGCAGCAAGCCCAAGCCGGAACACCUACACUUUGGGGAUGGGGAGCCAAGCUCUGAAAAUGCUAGCCACACCGAUCCACCCGUGGCUAAGCGCGCGAAAACCGAAGCCGCUGGUUCGCUGGAUCAGGCCGCAACGGAUGGGAAGAAGAAGCAAGAGAAGGAGAAGAAGGAAAAGAAGGAGAAGAAAAGCAAGAAGGACAAGAAGGACAAGAAGAACAAGAAGGACAAGAAGGACAAGAAGGACAAGAAGGACACAGACACGACCAAUGCCGGCGCCAACGUCACUCAUCCUGCUGUGGACCAAAAGCACAAAAAGUCCAAGAAGCACAAAGUUGAAGCGCAUCAAGCUGGUGGUACUCCCGAGAACCACUCUGCUAAACGGCAAGCCGAGGCCGACCGGGCUGCAGUGGUGCCCGGAACAAAGCGACCGGCCACUGAAUAG